AUGGCGGUAGAAUAUGGAAUGGAAGGAAGAUUUUCUGAAAAAUCUGACGUCUAUAGUAUUGGUAUUCUAAUGUUAGAAAUUGGGAGUGGGAAAAACAACACCAACUUCUACAAUCACAAAUGGUUGCAGAGCCUUUUGGGCUCAUGGAAAUUAUGGAAUGAAGACAAUGGCUCCACCUUCAUAGAUCAAACAAUAUACAAGGCCGUAUUCCAGGGAGAGAUGGUGAGGUGCAUUCACAUUGCACUAUUGUGUGUACAAGAAUUUGCUAAUAAAUGGCCUACAAUUUCGACUAUACUUGCAAUGCUCAAUUGGAAAAUUGUCAAUUUGCCUCUAUUGGAGCAACCGAUUGUUGCUGAGAAGUGGAAAUGGAGUCAUGUCACCUCUUCCGAGACGGAAGUCUCCAUUAACGAUGUCACUUUUACAAUGCUCUUUCACAUUUUUAAUAAAAUCCUCUAUUUAGUUACCUAA